AUGGUGCAGCUGCAUGUCCAUGAUCCCAUGAGUUGGCACAAGGCCGAGCUCUCUGCCCGUGUGACAUGGAUUGGAUGGGCUUUUGAUUUCGAGCAUUUCGUGGUGCAGUUGGAUCCCGCCAAACUUGCCCGUCUGCUGGCCUUACUUCGUCAGCUGCAGUCAUCCCCGAAAUGCACAGUCACCGUUCUGGAGAAGCUGACUGGUAAAUUGCUUUGGCUGUCCAACUUGUUCUCGGCCCUCCGUCCUUCAUUAGCACCACUUUACCUUGACCAGCAUAACCCAGUCGUGCGUAUGUGGGCUGACCUGGCUGCCUCGCCCUGUCCAUUUCGCUCUUUAUUUCUCCGUCCGCUGUUUGUUUGCGAGGCCUUCGCAGACGCAUGCGCUGACUCAUCCCUGGCCGGCCUGGGGGGUUUUGUCCGUCUGCCGGAUGGCCGCCAGGCUUGCUUUGCGUGCUCUUUCUCUCCCACACAGCUAGCCGAUAUGUUUAGCUGGUUCCCGUCCGACACUUCGCCGCAACAUUGCAUUGCCGUUUGGGAGAUGUUAGUUCAGGUUGGACUUCUGUGGACCCUGUCUGUCCUGCUCCCUCCGGGACAUGCCCCUUUUCACGUCGUCUUCCGCACUGACAAUUCCCCAUCGCAGUCAGCUGCCUGGAAGGGAUUGUCUCUUGCUCGUGGCAUGCGCCAAUUCCUCCGUUCCUUUAAUGUUCUUCAGGAUGCUGUCCGCAUUUCUGUGCAUCUGGAUUCCGUGCCGGGUUUCCUGAAUGACGCAGCAGAGAUCUUCACCGUCCCCUGGACUUCCUUCCCUGCCUCGCCAUCACUCGAAUUUGACCCGUCCUCGGACCUCAUGUCUGCUUUCGUGGCUGCCGAGCUCAACUUUCUGAUGGCCCUGUUCCCCUCUGGGUCGAGCUCCCUGCUCAAUUGCCUUUGGAUUCCCGGGCAUCAGAAAUGUUCGUAG